AUGGCUCCUCCUGCUACAGGUAGUGCAACGACUAAAAAGUCAACAACAACAACAAUUAAGACGACGACAACGUCAAAAGCAUCGUCUUCAACUGGCAAAUCAGGUGGUGCAUUGAAAAAAGGCAAAAAGAAAAUCGCCGCUGCUCCACUUAAAUCGAAAGUUGAAUCAAAGAAACUUGUCAAUCCUUUAUAUGAAAAACGAGCAAAGAAUUUCGGUAUUGGUCAAGAUAUUCAACCAAAACGUGAUUUAACACGUUUCGUUAAAUGGCCACAAUAUAUUCGUGUUCAACGACAACGUAGUAUUUUACUUAAACGUUUGAAAGUACCACCACCAAUCAAUCAAUUUACUCAAACACUUGAUAAACAAACAUCAACACAAUUAUUUAAAUUACUUGAAAAAUAUCGUCCAGAAUCACGUGCCGAAAAAAAACUUCGUUUAAAACAACGUGCUGAAGAACAAGCUAAAACAAAUAAACCAGAUCGACCAACAAAACGACCAAAUGGUCUUCGUAGUGGAAUGAAUACCGUUACUUCAUUAAUUGAAAAAAAGAAAGCUCAAUUAGUUCUCAUUGCUCAUGAUGUUGAACCAAUUGAACUUGUUCUUCAUUUACCAACAUUAUGUCGUAAAAUGGGUAUUCCAUAUUGUAUUGUUAAAGGAAAAGCACGUCUUGGUCGUCUUGUUCAUUUAAAAACAUGUUCAUCAUUAGCUUUAACUGAUGUUAAUACCGAAGAUAAAUCUGGCUUAGGUAAAAUCAUCGAAGCUGUUAAAACUAACUUCAAUGAUCGUUAUGAUGAAUUACGUCGUCAUUGGGGUGGAGGUGUUUUGGGUAAUAAAUCUCAAGCACGUAUCAACCGACUUGAACGUAUUAAAUCACGUGAAGCAGCACAUCAAAGAAAUACCUAA